ACCCCAAAAUCGCUAUUAAGCCUUAAACUUUAAUUGAUGCAGGGCUUAACUUAUGGUUUUUCCAUUUUGCUCAUCUCCUCCCCGUUGCAGCCACCCGAAAGAGAAAAAAAAAGGAACCCAGCCAAGCCGACAGCCCCACUUGGAAAAUUGGUGAGGAAGCUUGAUUUCUCCUUCUUUUCUUGCUCUAGAACACAAAUUGAAUCCAGAAAUUUCCCCCACCCCUCUGCAGAAUUCGGAUCUGCUCUGCUCUGUCCGGUUGCUGCUCUUGCCAGUUGUGGGUGCAAAUUCCUUGAAUUUUCGCCCCGUGAAUUGCUUCUGCACUUGCCGCCGGCUUCUCCCCCAGCCAAGCUCGGUUUCUGCAGCUGGAAAAUUAUGGUUCUUGAUCGUUCUGUCAAUUAGCACUGAGAUCGAGUCUUUGGUUUUAUGCGAGUGAGGUAAGUAAAUUUAUGGUAAUGCCCGUAUCACUUUUAAAAGCAUGUUUUGACUUGUUUUUGAAAUGGUGGUGGGACUAAACCCGUUUUAUGCAAAAGUAAGUAUGACUAAUUUAAAGUGAAAUUUUUAUGCUUUUCAUUAAAUUGAGCAUGCCUACUUGAAAUUUAAUUGAUUGUCCUGAUGAUUUGAAAGUGAUUGGUGAAUUAUGAUUUGUCUGUUAACUUCUGCCUGUUUUGUCUUCGAUGUGGUUAUGUUAUUGAUAACCCUGCUAGUGGGGGUUAAAACGCUAGCACAUGUUGACAUGUUACUGAUAGAACCGGUUCGUUUCUAUUGCCUUGCUAGUAGGGAUUACACACCAGCAAAUACUGUAGCCUACCAGUGGGAGGUUUAUAACACUAGCCGUGACCUAUAGAGGAGGCGUCUAUUUCAUUCCUGCACUGUACUUGUUUUUCGUGAUUAUACUUGUUGGCAUGCUAUACGUUUAAUUAAGGGCAAUCCAUAUUUUACUUACUGAGUUUAUCUCAUAGUUUUUCUUGUCGACCAUUUCAGGAAGUGAAACCGAGGACGGAGAAACCACGGGAAGUGACGAGUUAGAAGGCUAGCCAUUUUGUAAAUUGAAUAUAGAUUCUAGAAAUAAAUCAUGAUCUUGUAAACUAGAGUGUAUUUGGAGAUUUUAUGAUAUCAAAGUAAAUUUUAAAGAUUUUA